GAAUGGUUCUUGCCCAUGGAAAUAGUAGAUACCUAGGUACUCCACCAGUCCUGCCUUGAUUGGUGAUUCUCCUUUGAGAGAUCCUUUAUAAUUGAUUUUUAAAAUAAUUUAUCUAGUUUAUGAUCAUUGAUUGACAUUGACAGUUGUUGGUGUUGGAUGAUAGUUCAGUUGUCUAGUUUACAUCCAUACCAAAUCAAAUAAUCUCUCGAAAGAUUUUAUAUUUUGUGAAUUUUUAGUAAAUAUUGUAAUCACCCUAUACAUAACAGAAUGGAUCAGCUGCGUUUUGACGGUCGUGUAGCCGUAGUAACUGGUGCCGGUGGCGGCCUGGGCAAGGCCUACGCUUUACUACUGGGUUCAAGAGGUGCUAAGGUCGUGGUCAACGAUUUGGGGGGCGCGAGAGAUGGUGCCGGCAAGUCUAACUUCGCUGACGCUGUAGUAAAAGAAAUUAAAGACAAAGGUGGUGUUGCUGUAGCCGAUUACAACUCAGUAGUUGAAGGCGAGAAGAUUAUAAAAACAGCUCUCGAUAAUUUCGGCCGAAUCGACAUUCUUAUCAACAAUGCAGGCAUUCUACGUGACAAGAGCUUCCAAAAAAUGUCUGAUCAGGACUGGGAUCUUAUCCAAGCCGUCCAUCUCAAAGGCGCGUUCAAAACCACCCAAGCAGCGUGGGAGACGUUCAAGAAACAGAAGUAUGGCCGUGUCAUCAUGACGUCCAGCAAUGCUGGUAUUUUUGGCAACUUUGGACAGGUUAACUACAGUGCCGCGAAACUGGGUUUGGUGGGUCUAGCCAACACGCUGUCGAUUGAGGGCGCUAAAUACAACAUCAAAGUGAACACGAUCGUGCCGACGGCCGCCUCGCGCCUCACUGAGGACAUUUUGCCGCCGGACAUGUUUGAGGCUAUGAAGCCCGAGCUCAUAGCUCCUGUUGUUGCAUACAUGGUGCAUGAGUCGUUCGAAGCUUCUGGCGAAGUUAUUGACUCGACACUCGGAUACGCUAGCAAGACACACUUCAUCCGUUCGAAUGGCACUCCACUCAAGCACAAGCCGUCAGACCCAGUGACUAUCGAGUCAGUGCGAGAGUUUUGGCCUAAGGUUGUCGACAUGAGGAACGGCAAACACAUCGACAGGAUCGCUGAAGUCACUGUCGACCUGGUUGAGAAGCUGCAGGAGUUCGACGAGCGUAGCAAACAAGACGCUGCCAUCGGACGCGAGUCCUACUGGAGCAGUUACAGCUACAAUGCGAAGGAUCUCGCUUUGUACGCCUUGGGAGUGGGUGCUUCAGUGGCGAAUCCUGGCGACCUGAAGUUCCUGUACGAGAGCCACGAUCAGUUCGCGGCGCUGCCCACGUUCUUCGUACUGGCGGGCAUGUGCAUGGAGGCGCCCGUCGUGCCCAAGGCCAUGCCGCCCGGGAAACACGCUGACUUUUCCAACAUUCUUCAUGGCGAGCAAUACAUAGAGUUCGUGGAAGGCUUUCCCGGAACAGAAGGGGUCUUCGAGACUAGGACAUAUGUUGUUGAUAUCUUGGACAAGGGCUCCAGCGCAAUCGCCAUUGUCAACAGCGAAAUCUACCAAGACAAGAGGUUGAUUUUCCGUACUCAGCAGCACAUAUUCGUGGUGGGCCAGGGCGGGUUCGGCGGCCCGAGGGGCUCCGGCAAGGCGGUGGACGUCCAAGCUGUCCCCAAACGGUCGCCCGACGCUGUCGUCGAGCAGCAAACGUCUAAAGACCAAGCGGCACUUUACAGGUUGUCCGGGGAUCUGAACCCGUUACACAUCGAUCCAAACGUGGCUCAAAUCAGUGGGUACAAGCAGCCCAUCUUGCAUGGACUCAGUUCACUCGGGUUCGCCGCCAGACAUGUACUCGCCAAAUACGGUAACAACGACCCCCUGAGCGUGAAGGCGCUGAAGGCCCGCUUCGCCAAGCCCGUGGAGCCGGGGCAGACGCUCGUCACGGAGAUGUGGGCUGAGGGCUCUCGGGCGCACUUCCAAACCAGGGUCAAGGAGACUGGCAACAUUGUCAUUGCCGGCGCAUACAUGGAUUUCAAGAAUAAUAUUGGUGGAAGUGGCGCGUCGCCUGCGCCGGCGUCGACUGGCCUGAAGAGUGAUGGUCUCUUUGCUAAGAUCACAGAGGAAGUGUCAAAGAAUCCUGCCAAAGCGAAGGGAGUCAACGGAGUGUUUCUCUACAAUAUCACAGAGAAUGGAAAGACUGUUAAGAAAUGGACUUUGGACCUGAAGAAUGCCAAUGUAUAUGAAGGCGAGCCAAAGGCCGGCAAGGCUGACACUACCAUGACAGUGUCCGACACAGACUUAAUCGAGAUUGCAUCAGGCACCAUAAACCCACAAGUGGCCUUCAUGAAGGGCAAGCUCAAGAUCUCCGGCAAUAUCAUGUUGGCUCAGAAACUGGGCCCCCUUCUCAAGUCUGAAGCCAAACUGUAAAGAACUGAUAUUUUUAUGAGAUUUUAAGGUCACAAAUGGUGCAAUGGACGAGUUAUUCCAUCUGAUCCACAAAAACAAUCUACUGCCAAUUUUUUUUAAAUUCUGGCUGGUGAUACAUAGUAAUAAAUUUACCAUUUAGGUCAGACAUAUAUAAUCAUUACUAGUUAUUAUAUUAUAUAUGAAUAUGAUAUGUAACUAUUACCAAAACAAUAAAAAGUACAGCCAAGGAAACAAAUCUACAUGAGUUUUGUUCAGCAGAUUAUUUCAAUUAUUAACAGAACUUGACAAGAGUUUUAUUCUAAUAAUUUUGUCUUAUUUUUUUCAUGAAUAAUUAUUUCUUAACAAAAUACCAGCCAAACAUAAUACCAAUUUUAGGACUGUUUCUAAAUAACAAAAAAAAAACGAAAAAAACCUGCAAACAAUUCUUUUGUCGACUAUCCUAAAAAUGUGUUAAAUAAGUCAGCGGAUCCAAAUGGAAUAUAAAACCAUUAAAAAAUAUCUCAUCCUAGUUCCUGUGGAUCAGAAUGGAAUAACUAAUGGAUGUGUAUGUAUGUCCAUGGAUUUAUUUAUACGGGCAUUUGCUAUACACACACUGGGUAAUGUUAUUGUUUAAUUUACAUUUUAUACAAAUUAUAUUGAAUGUUUAAUUCCAUUAGUAUUAAGUUGAUGUAUAUUUUUACAUAGGUGAAGGAAUAUACAAUUUUAUUUUUAA